AUGGUAUCACUGUGGCUGGAGGAAAUCGACAAGGCAAUGGAAUCAAUCAACUCUCUAACCCAUGCUGUUUAACAAGCACCGGAAAGUUCUGGAGCUAGACGAAAAGAAGGUUUACGUCGACGUCGAGUUUAUCUGGCCAGACUUCGUCAUCGUAUUAAAUAUUUAACGAAAAUAUCACAUGUACAAAAAGCCAAAAUCAAACGUCUUCAACAAAAAUUAUUGAAAGAAAAACAAAAUAAUCAACGUUUAACUAAUUUAAUAAAAUCCAAUAAUAAAAUUUCUGGUUAUUCUGUAACUGGUAUGGAUAAUAAUGAAAUUAGAAGUAAUGAUGAUGAUAAUAGAAUGGAAAAUAUUACAGUGAAAGAUUUAUUUUUUAAUAAUUUAAGUCCAAAUGCUAAACAAAGAGCGAAAGCUCGCAUAGCUGAACAAAAGGAUCAAUUACCACGUGGAUUAAAUCGGAGUUUACGAACUGAAUUAGGCUUAAAUGUUUCAAAUCCUGCUCAUGUUACACAAGAUGAACCAUCAAAUUUAAAAAAUCUUGUAAUAAAUUUUAUGAUCCGUGAUGACAUCUCCAAAAUCUCUCCAGAUGUCAAGAAAAUGAUUAAUGGUACAUCAAUUCGUUAUUGGCUUCAUAAUUUAAAUAUAUUACAUGAACAAUUUGAAGCUGAAACUGGUACAUCAAUUGCUUAUUCAACCCUUUCAAGUUAUGUUCCAGUUUAUGUUAAGAAACCCAAUUUAUCUGAUUGGGGUACAUGUUUGUGCGCUUUUUGUCUCAAUCCUCAAAUUAAGCUAGAAAAAUUAAUUAGAGCUGGAAAAUUACUUGAUAUUGAUGCUGAUUUGUGCUAUAUUAUAAAUGACAUUACGAAAAUCAAUAAUUUAACAACACAGUUAAACAAAUUAAAAAGUCAAUCAGAAAAUAUUACUUAUAUUGAAUGGCAAAAGGAAAGACUACCGAAUCAUAAAGCACCUCUUUCUAAAAAGAACUAUUGUUCAUCAACAUUAAAGGAUUUCGUCUCGAAAUUUUUAACUGAAAUUGAUGUACAACAUGUUCAACGAAUAAAAUCACAAUUUUCCGCUUUUAAACAAGCACGAUUAGAUGCUCUUAAUUUACCUGAAAUUGCUGCCAUUCAAAUAGAUUGGAGCGAAUCGUUCAUUCUCAAACAAGCUCGUGAAGAGAGAUCUGCCUAUUAUAAUACCCAAAAUAUUUCAAUUAACUCCGGAUAUAUCUGGAUAAAGUCUUAUUCAUAUGGUUUUGGAGCUUUUUCUGACAACACUUGCCAUUCUGCUGAAGCAACUUGGGCAUCUAUUCAAAAUUUACUAAUUAAAUUAGUUAAAGAGGAAAAUAUGAAAAACAUAAUUUUGAUCACAGAUAGUACCUGGAUAUACCUGGAGUCAGGUCAUGGUAAGGGGACACCCGAUGCCAUUGGUGCUGUGAUUAAAAAGGCAAUGGCUGAUGCAAUUGCAUACAAUCCUGAUGAAACAUUUAAAGACGCAAAAGAUUUACUCGUAGGAAUUGAAAAUCGAGUUAAUUUUAAAUUAUCUAUUUAUGAAACGAAAGAUAUUCAACAAAUUAAGAAAACUUUACCAAAAUUAAAACCUAUAAAAGGAACCUUUGAGUUACAUGAAAUGUCAGCGACUAAACAAGGUUUAUUGGUUAGUAAAAACAAAUCAAGAGAUAGAGAUAUAUUAACACGUAUCAAUUUUUUUAUUUAA